AUGGACUACCAGUCUCUGGAUUUCCCCCAUGUAUCCAAGAUAAAGCAUGCAAUUGGAGCCAUCCUUCUCUUGACUGCUUUGGUUUUGUACAUAUAUGGAACCAAUGCCCCUGCAAUAAGAAUUACCGUCUUUUCAUUUGUACUUCCAGUUACCAAAUUUAUUGUCAUCACAGCAACUUUAGUGGCAGCAACCUGCUGUCGCCGACGCCCAUUCUGUGUGUCUUUUCCGCUAAAUGCCAUUAAAGUGUUGCUUGUACUCUGCAAGUAUCAGCUAGUGGACGUUUUCUCAGUUAUUUUGCUCCGGGCCAUGCAUGUGACAAAAGUCAUGUCGUGCGUAGCGACAGCCGUUGGCGACAUAGCCAUGCCGGAUGUUCAGAGCAUUGGACUCUUAACCGCGUACCUAAUUAUGAACAACGUCGACUUUUUCGGAGCUCGCUUGCCAAGCGCUUCACGUAGGCAACCCACCGGUGGCCUCGAAGCUCUUCUAUGGAAUUUCAAUGGCUUCUGGGCAAUGGUCGCAUUUGGGAUCAGUGCGUCGCAGGUACACAGGCUGUCGACGUCGUUUACAUAUACAUUUCAGUGCCUAUCGAUGGAUAACAUGCAGGCAUCGGACUGCCAAAGUCCCACGUCGUCAGCGGCUGAUGUUGUAUUACAACGAAGUCCACUCUGUGAUGAUGUCGGCAGCUUAGCUUCAAAGCGGCGCCCUACGACUAGGGCAGAAGACACCCUCUCUGUCGAGCCGACUGAGCAUGCAGCACCAGCAGAUCCCUUGCAGGCAACUCCUGUGAGCUUUCCGGUGCAUGCGCGCGGCCUCAAUAGGACCUACCGGAAGCGUUUGUUCCGCCUUUUGUUUCACGGAUGUGUUCGGAUAGUCAUUUCAGUGACUUUGCUAUUGCCAGUAUGGCUACAACCACUGGAAGUUGUAGAUGUCGACCUCGGAAUAGUCAAUAAAGAAUUGAGCGCAUUUUUAGAAUAUGCUAGCCCUUUGUUAAAGGAUGUUUUGCCCCAAUCUCUUGGCGACUGCGCUGCGAACGAGCACCUCGCACCGCAGCCAUGCGCUGGAUCUGGGCCCCUAGCAGUUAUCCGGACCACGACGUAUGAGGCCACUGCCCGCUGGCUAGCAGGGCUGAAAACGACGCAGCUGAACGUCAUACGGUUCGAUGCAGCCCCUCGAAAUAGGAUUGUACUAAAGAUAGAGGGGAUUAUCAAAUCUCUUUCCUUGUCACUGCGCGUUGGCGAGUGCCUUUUUGGCGAGGAGCCUGGGGCGUGUCCAGUAGUCUGGGACGGCACAGACGCCUGUUGCGAUGGGAGUGUCUCGUUCAUCUUUCAAAUGGCAGUGGAAUGUGUCAGCUCCUUCCCGUACCUCAGCAGACCUACUCUUUUGCGGACCCAUAUCUCAAAACUGGUUGUGAAAGAAAAGAUCUUGGGGAUCUUCCCGAUUGACGUGGCGGAUAUAACGAGAACUGUCGAAGACCGUGUGUCAGACUGGGCUCGUAUAUAUCUGGAUUCACAGCAUAAGUGGGUCCACUGGAUUAAUGGUGAGACUACGAGCCUGAUUGAGCGCCUAAAUCUGCUGUUGUGCAUAAAUGCUCCUGCAGGCCUCAGAUGCCCCCGUCUCGAUUGA